CAACUGCAGUUAGAACUGAAGUUGAUCUGUUCGAGCUUACAUUAAAGAACUUCAAAAAUUUCUCCACCACUUCACCAUUUCUUUCAAGAUGAACAAUGUCACUCAACUGCUCUUUGGUUGAAAUGUCUGUAGUUUCAUCUACCUGAAUACUUAGAAAAUUACAUUCAGCAAUAUCUUUAUCAAUUUGAUCCUGAAUUACUGAAGCAGUACAUUCAAUUAGAUCAUUCUGGAUAUCUGCUGGGACACCAGUAAAAGCUCCAUCCCCUACACUUCCUCAUUCUGAAUUCUUCUAAUAACUCACGAGAACGUCAUUCAAAAACAGAAUCAAACUUAGCCAUAAGCUUCAAAAGCUCCCUAUGGUUUCCCUUGUUUAAACUGGUACUAGAUCCCUGUGAUAUUUGAUUGACUAAAUUGGACUAUACUCAAACUAGAAGUAUAGAAACCCUAUGUUUGCACCCUCCAGUGUCAAAUAAUACUACACAGAGGAGCCAAUUGCAAUUAUUUUCCAUGUAAGGAGUGUUUUAUCUUGAAUUUUUUUAUUUCGUUCUUAUAAAUUCUAUGUAAAAAAACAUAUUCUUGAAUAUCUUUAGUCUUGCUUAGCAUGACCUGCAUGACCUCUAGCUUCGCCACUGUUAGCUCCUGCAAAACUGCAGGAAAACUGUCAGUUUCGGUGGGUUUUCGCAGUAUCUCGCCAUUGAAACAUAUCUCUGUGUACAAUGUAUGUCUAAAUGUGUGUUGCAUUCUUUAACGACCUUAUAUUGAGUGAGUGUUAAAUGAUGAUGAAAUUUAGACUAAAGCUGUCUCAUAAAGUAGGGAAAAGUGUACUCACUGCUAGUUAAAUGCAAGACAAGAAAUGUCUGUCUUAGUUAAUGAAAAUCUGACGUGCAUUUUCUGCAUCCUUUGAAAAAUGUACAUUUUUGACACUGCAUUUCUUUAUUUUUACACUGCCUUUUUGAUGGAGGCAUUCUUUAUUGACAUUCUAAGUAGAAAUUUCUUAAAUAACAUGCAAUUUUCUAAUAAAUGGCAAAAUUCUCUUUCAAUGAUAUCAAAAUGCAGAAACAAGGUAUUGUUCCAGAAGGUGAUACCCCUGGAAAAUCCAAUGCCAAAAAAGUAAGUGCUGUGAGUUCUAUCAGUAACGAACUCUUUGUUGAAUCUCUGAAAAAAAAUGGGACCAAAGUAUUCAUGGUCGAGGGAGGAGAUUUAUCAUCUUGUGGAAUUCAUGCAGAAAGAAGUAUGAAUGAAUCAGGCUGUUCAAACAUAGAAAUUCGAAUUUUUGGGGAGCAUGUGAAGAAUAUUUUGCAAAAAUGACAAAAAAGGAUAAGCCAUCUCAUUCAUCAAUGAAAUCUAAAGUUACAUCGUAUCUUGCCACUAAUUUUAAAAACAUUGAGGAGGCAGAGGAGUACUUUAAUAUUGAUUACUUUUCUGGAAAUCCCUCUCCUGACAACCUUUGUGAAUCUUCACCCCCUUUGCAAUUAACUACCAGUAUAAAUAAUAUUGAUACUAGUAAUAAUUCUUUUUUUGAUAGCUGUUUAAGUGGCUUUGGUAAUUUGCCAGUAUAUUUGCAGUUGAAGUUGCUUAAUAGUUUAUUUCUUAAGUAUGCAAGAAAUCUAUCUACAGAUAAGAAUAUCUUACGUAAAUUUUCUGAUGACUGCCUUUCAACUUAUAUGUCGGCUGUUAUCAAUCUUCAUGAAAAAGGUAAAGAAAAUCUUAUUCAUCACGCUGCAAGGUGUUUUUUAAAACGAGACAAUGGAAAGGAAACCCGUCUUCCAAUUGGAAAGAUGCCUUUUGGUCUUUUUGACUACAUAGUUAAAUUUUUCUCCUUGCCCAAGUCCAAUCGAUUAUCUUGUGAAGAGGAUUAUUAGCAGUGGCGGGUGAGCAUGUAUGCAAAUUUUAGAACAAAAUGGGCAUGUUUGCAUCGAGGCCCAUGUUGGGAAUACGAAAUUGAAGAUGAUUUAGAUGUGGGGUCAAUGAAUUCUGUCUCUGGAUGUGUUGAUGUGCUUUCUCCAGAUCCAGUAUUUGAUUUAAGUGACUUUUCAAAUGCAGUUCAAGGUUCACAAGGAACUCCAGAAGAUGGUGCCAUACUUGCAACGGCACUCAAGAUGAGUAGUUUAUCUUGCCUUCAUGGAGCAGAUGCUGAUAUCUUAACUGUUAGUGAUACCACAAGCUCAACAUUAUGAUCCCCACUUCCUGAUUCUGUUGUCAGACAUGAAAGAUCAAUGGGAAAUGAAUGUCAGCAUGUGAUUGCAAAUAAGUAUGGCCUUGGAAAAGAAUGUAAGUCAUCAUCAUCAGCAACAAAAAAUCCAUACAUUUUUGAUACAAUGAAAGCCAAAGUAAAUGUUCCAUGUUUAAGUUGUCGUACUUUGCAAAAUAAGAUUCAAAAGAUGGAUUUUGAGAAAUCUUCUAUCAUACAUGAUGCUAUGUUGGACAAAAUUGCAAAGGAGAAUCCUGGUGGUAGGUUCUGGAUAAAGGCAGAUUGGUGUGAUGUGAGUAGAGGGUGGAGGGAAUCAAUGCCACAUGAAUGGACAGGUGACACUGAUAUUGGUGAAAAUGCAUUUAAAAGGUUAAAUGAUUUAUACGAUAAGAGGAGAAAUUUUAAUGAGAUGAUAGAUAAAGUAAGAUUCUCCAAAGAAUCAUUGUUGCUCUUGCUUCCUCCAAAUUAGAUGCUCUUGCUUGGGAUGUUGAAGGUUUCAAGCAGUUGAUUGAAAUGAACAAGAAUUUGAAGAAAAGACAAACACUGUUCAUGGAUUUUUGGCUGAAUCUGAAACAGGGCACAGUAAUAUCCCUCAUCAGCUGGCAAAACUCUGUGAUGAACAACCUUCCUACCUCAAAAAUAUUUUCUUGAAGCACAGAGAAGUAGCUACUCAUCUAUUAAUUUUUAUGGUUUCCAGUGAAAAGAGAUAUAAAUCCAUUUGCAGUUCCUGUAAGAGUAUUGCCAUUUCAUUCUAUAAGUAAAUAAGAUUACUUUGCAAAUAAGAUUCAAAAGAUGGAUUUUGAGAAAUCUUCUGUCAUACAUGAUGCUAUGUUGGACACCAUUGCAAAGGAGAAUCCUGGUGGUAGGUUCUGGAUAAAGGUAGACUGGUGUGAUGUGAGUAGAGGGUGGAGGGAAUCAAGGCCACAUGAAUGGACAGGUGACACUGA